AUCUUAAGGGUUAAUCCAACAUGGCUGCCUCCGCUGUCCUGUGAGUGACACAUUUCUUGACAUGUUUUGUUGAGAUAGCAAGGUAUACAGACUGGGGUCGUGCUUUUUUGGUUCAAAAUGAAAGUUUCACGAAUCCUAUGGCUCCUAUGCAAAAAAAGUGGGGUGAGAACGCAAACAGUUUGCACCGGUGUAUCCACCAACCAACAACACAAACAGCUGUCAAGCACAAGUGCGGUUUAUAGGUAUUCAACUACAUCUUCAAUCAGUCACUGUACGGCGCUAAUCUACAGAAAACAUGGCGACCCUGCUCAAGUGGUUCAGUCGGAGAGUAUGAAUCUUCCCAAUGUUGGUGCGAAGUGUGUCCUUGUAAAGAUUCUGGCAGCCCCGAUCAACCCUUCUGACAUAAACAUGAUCCAAGGAACCUAUGCUAUUCUACCCGACCUUCCGGCAGUAGGUGGAAAUGAGGGGGUGGCCCAGGUCCUAGAGGUGGGCAGCCAGGUGAAAGCUCUCAAGCCAGGGGACUGGGUGAUCCCAAGAGAUGCUGGAUUAGGGACGUGGAGGACAGCAGCGGUGUUGGCUGAAGAGGACGUGAUCUCGUUGCCUAAUGAUAUUCCUCUGCUCUCGGCAGCUACGCUGGGGGUCAACCCCUGCACUGCCUUGAGGAUGCUUACAGACUUUGAAGAUCUCAAGCCGGGGGACACAGUGAUUCAGAAUGCAGCCAACAGUGCUGUAGGUCAGGCUGUCAUACAGAUUGCUGCAGCAAAGGGGAUCCAAACCAUCAAUGUGGUCCGAGACAGGCCAGACUUCACAACACUUAUUGAUAGGCUGAAGGCCAUGGGCGCCAGUCAUGUGAUCAAGGAAGAGACCCUGAGGCGGCCUGAACUGAAGGAGCUUUUCAAGAGUUGUCCAAGGCCUAAGCUGGCACUGAACGGAGUUGGGGGCAAGAGUGCAACAGAACUCCUCCGUCACGUACAAGUUGGAGGAUCCAUAGUGACGUAUGGAGGGAUGGCCAAGCAGCCUAUUACGGUCCCUGUGAGCGCCCUGAUCUUCAAAAAUAUCAAGGUUCAAGGCUUCUGGGUGACUCAAUGGAAAAGGAACCACUCUCAGGAUGAGGGAGCCUUACGGAGCAUGCUGGACGAACUGUGCUCCCUUAUUUGCCAGGGAAAACUAACUGCCCCUGCUUGUUCCGAGGUGGGUCUCCAAGACUUCGGCACAGCACUAGACAAGGCCAUGCAGCCAUUCACCUCAGCCAAACAGGUCCUUGUCAUGUGACAAUUCAGAAGAAAACGUGGGAGGCACUACCUGGAGGCACCAUUAGGAGUUUUAUUUUUUUGUGUUUAAAAAGUUUGCUACAAUGUGCCCUAAUGAAUACAACCCCGCGUCCACAACAAGACCACUACUGGUUCAAUAGGUGAAGCACUGAGGCUGCCGUCUCAUUAUUGUCUGAAAUGUUUUUCUCAAGCAUGCUUUCAGUAAACUGGGAUCAAAGUUCCAUAUGUUAUCAGCAGUCGUAAAGUCCCAUUCCUGACAUUACAUAUGGUAUACCACACCUUUAUAGUCUGGUGUACAUGGAAUGACUGGGUCCCUUUCCUGAAAAUGAAUGGAUUCUUAGACCAUUGUCAUGUCUUUUAUUGUUUAUUCUACGUUUUAACAUUGUUAUACCUUGAUCGCAGAGCUGCUUUUGGUGGCUUGCGAACUUCUGCGGUCAUUCAUUGUCACACAUGCUAGAGGCCAGGCUUACUGGAUAAUGCUUGAACAUUUGGCUAAGACGGAUCUGUUGUGUAAUAUAAAAUCUUACGAAAUU